CAAUGUCCGUGCCCACAUCCAAGAUGGCUGCCACCAGCGUCAUUGUCAACGGAGCCCGACUCUACCUGUCCGAAUCCAAGAUGGCGGCGGCCGCUGGCGUGAGGCUAGAUCCGAGUCACGUGACGGGGGUGUGGACCGUGUCCCGGCGGAAGCGUGAGGGACCUAGCUGGCAACAGGGGCUGUUGGCGGUGGAGGAGCGGCCUGCCGCGGAGUGACCGUCAGCGGGAUAGAACGGGAGACACGGCUGUCACCACGGAGCCCGCCGGUGCUAACGCGGCGGCUACCGCCGCUUCCCGGGCCGGGGGCACCGGAGAGCAACCGCCGUCGCUGCCCCCGCCCCCACCAAGGAUGCCGCGUAGGAAGAGGAAUGCAGGCAGUAGUUCAGAUGGAACCGAAGACUCCGAUUUCUCUACCGAUCCUGAGCACACGGACAGCUCUGAAAGUGAUGGCACGUCACGAAGAUCCGCCCGUGUGACCCGCUCCUCAGCCAGGCUCAGUCAGAGCUCUCAAGAUUCCAGCCCGGUUCGUAAUCCGCCAUCCUUUGGCACAGAGGAGCCCGCCUAUUCUACUAGGAGGGUGACCCGCAGUCAACAACAACCCACCCCUGUGACUCCAAAAAAAUACCCACUCCGACAGACCCGCUCAUCUGGAUCGGAAACAGAGCAAGUGGUCGACUUCUCCGAUAGAGAUACCAAAAAUGCAGUGGAUCAUGACGAGUCUCCACCGCGCACCCCGACUGGGAAUGCCCCUUCUUCAGAGUCUGACAUAGAUAUAUCCAGUCCAAAUGUGUCCCAUGAUGAGAGCAUUGCCAAGGAUAUGUCCAUGAAAGAUUCUGGAAGUGACCUGUCUCACCGCCCCAAGCGCCGCCGCUUCCAUGAAAGCUACAACUUCAACAUGAAGUGUCCCACACCUGGUUGCAACUCCCUAGGACACCUAACAGGGAAGCAUGAGAGACACUUUUCCAUAUCAGGAUGCCCACUAUAUCAUAACCUCUCAGCAGAUGAGUGCAAGGUGAGAGCACAGAGCCGAGAUAAACAGAUCGAGGAGAGGAUGCUGUCCCACAGACAGGAUGACAACAACAGGCAUGCCACCAGACAUCAGGCACCAACAGAGAGACAGCUGCGGUACAAAGAGAAAGUAGCAGAGCUGAGGAAGAAAAGGAAUGCGGGACUAACCAAGGAGCAGAAAGAAAAGUACAUGGAACACAGACAAACCUAUGGCAACACCAGAGAACCCCUCUUGGAAAACCUGACUAGCGAGUAUGACCUAGAGCUUUUCCGAAGAGCACAAGCACGGGCGUCUGAAGACCUGGAGAAGUUGCGGCUUCAAGGCCAGAUCACAGAAGGCAGCAACAUGAUUAAAACAAUUGCCUUUGGCCGCUAUGAGCUGGACACCUGGUAUCAUUCUCCCUAUCCUGAAGAAUAUGCUCGGUUGGGACGCCUCUACAUGUGCGAGUUCUGUCUCAAAUACAUGAAGAGUCAGACAAUACUACGCAGACACAUGGCAAAAUGUGUCUGGAAACAUCCACCGGGGGAUGAAAUUUACCGCAAAGGCUCUAUUUCGGUGUUUGAAGUGGAUGGGAAAAAGAAUAAGAUCUACUGCCAAAACCUGUGCCUGCUGGCGAAGCUUUUCUUGGAUCAUAAGACUCUGUAUUAUGAUGUUGAACCCUUCCUCUUCUAUGUCAUGACAGAAGCUGACAACACUGGCUGCCACCUGAUAGGGUAUUUCUCCAAGGAGAAGAAUUCUUUCCUCAACUACAAUGUGUCUUGUAUUCUGACGAUGCCCCAGUACAUGAGGCAGGGUUAUGGCAAAAUGCUCAUUGACUUCAGUUAUUUACUUUCCAAAGUGGAAGAAAAGGUUGGCUCUCCAGAACGCCCGCUGUCUGACUUGGGCCUUAUCAGCUACCGUAGUUACUGGAAGGAAGUUCUUCUUCGUUAUCUGCAUAAUUUCCAAGGCAAAGAGAUCUCUAUCAAAGAAAUCAGCCAGGAGACUGCAGUGAACCCUGUUGACAUCGUUAGUACUCUGCAGGCACUUCAGAUGCUCAAGUACUGGAAGGGAAAACACCUGGUCUUAAAGAGACAGGAUCUGAUUGACGAAUGGAUAGCCAAAGAGGCAAAAAGAUCAAACACCAAUAAGACAAUGGAUCCCAGUUGUUUGAAAUGGACCCCUCCCAAGGGAACUUAACUGGCCAUCACUCCAGAAGCCAGUGAAGAACCCCAGCAGUAGGAAGUACCGUAGGGAUCUCUGUUGUAUCUGUUGCUGUUGUGAUUGGCUGGUACAGUACCCUCCAGGAAGAUCAGUUCCCCUUGGUACUGUUCUGGCCCAGAUCUUUUGUGCACACCACAGAUGCUGGUUCUGAGGAACUUUUAUGUUUCGGCCUCAAUGAGGUUGCAAGGAUUGGAUCUGUAUAGGACCCAAGCACUGGCCCAAGGAGUUCUGAUAUCUGGUACUGUACCUGUCCAGUCACUGGUCCUGCCCUCAUGUUCUUAUUCCAAUGAGGUUGUGUUGUGUCCUGUAAUCUGUUUGUGUUCCUUCCUGCAGGCACUCUGCUUUCUAAGUAAUGGACAGGACAGCUUCUGUGGCCCUUGAACAAGGUCUGCAAAUCUGUUCUCCAAAUUAUUCUAUCAAUGUUUUGUUUGGGAAAAGGGUUAUAAAUCUGCGUCCGAGCAGGUUCUCAACAUGUUGCCAGUUUACUGACUUUAGCAUUGUUAUAACUAACCCUGUCUGAUGAACUUCCUUACCCCAUGUAUCAAUUAGUUUCAGUAAGACAGCAUGACACCUCUUUAAAGAGAGCUUCCCCAUAUAAUAUACCAGGUCGUCUUGUAACAAAAACUGACUGCUAAUAUUGUACACUCUGAAGCUUGCACAACUUGCACCUGUCAUUGAGUGGUGUGAUCAUUAGUGUUACACUGGAAGAGUCCAGAUUAAUAGCGUGAGAGCACUGUGAUGUGACAUACUGUUACAGAGUAGCCCUUUUGGGUGUGGCAGGCGCUCCUGAGUUUAGUAUCGUGGCAGUACAGGCCUCUUAAGUCAGAUAUCACUGGUUUCCUGUUCCUGGAGUUGGUGGUUUCCUUUACACGUGUAGAAACAAGUUUAGUGUUUUUCAACUUAGUCAUUCUCCUAAAACAGUCUUUGAAUUGUAGCUUUUUGAAAAGACUCUAUAUUAAAGGAAUAAAAUAUUAAUUUCAGGUGAAUUUUUGAUAACCUUGUCCAAACAGCCACAUAGUCUAUAAAACAAUAUCAUCAGUUGUUGGAUUGCCUAAAGCAUACAUUCUGUGCAUCGACAGUGGCUCCGGCUAGCUGUGUGGAUGGUGGUUUUUCUGUUAACAGUACAUCCUGUCUGUUCUUGUAGAACAACAGUGACUCUCCACCGCGCCCCCCCCCACACACACACCCCUCUGCACCACCAAAAGAAACCUCCAUAAAAUGGCUUUCAAGUAUAACCACUGUCCUUGUGCCAUGCGUUCCCUAUCUAUUGCCUGCAAGGGGACAGGUGUGAGGUGAGUGAUAGCUGCAUUUAAACCCUUCCUAUGAUCUCUUGUUCUGUGGUGUCUGAAAUGAAGCGCUUACCAUGUGCUGGUAAGUAAGGGCCAUUUCUUGUUAAUCACUGACCGUUCCCAGUGUGGAUAAGUUCUCUACAGGCCCUUUCAUGUUGGGCUGUGCCUUUUUCUUUGCCUCCCUAAAUAAAUCUCGGCACAGGAUUUAUAUCCUUGUGGGCAUUACUGAGGAUUGCUGUCAAGUGCCCUUGGAUCCUACGUUGUAGCUGAAGACAUAUUCUUGGAACCAUCUGGCAGGGUGGAACUCUGGGGAGUGGGGAAGAAGGCCAGUCAUGUACACAAGCUAAGCCCUGUUCCCCUGAUGUGGUAGAAUGUGCUAUUCCUGUAUUUACUUCUCAAUAAAGCAUGUUCUCUGCUCAA